AGCCCCGCCUGGGGACAUCCCCUUCCCUCACUUCCCGGUCUUCCUGUGCUGGUGCCCAGAUGGCCAGAGGGCACGGGAGCUGCGGCUGGAGGUCUCCCAGGCAGGCUGGGAGCAGGCGGUCACUUGCAGGAGGUGUGUCUGCAAUCCUCGUUUCAUAUGGUGAAGGUUGGACAGCAGUCUCUGUGACCUAGAAGUGGAAAAGAUGUCGUUCGAGGAAGUGCAGACUGUUUCCUUCUGACCAGGACCGUGUUUCUGAGUGUAGGAGCUUCGCUUCUCUGCUUUUUGUUUAUCUCUGGAGCAUCCGAAUUGCAUCUCUGGACAGAAAACAACUUACCGAAACCGCAGACAAAGAGUCAAGUCUCAGAGGAUGCUACGAGCUCUUUGGAUCUUCUGGCUCUUGGUGGCCAUGACCGGCCUCUCCAGCAAAGACUGUUCUGCUCAGGUGUCUCUGUCAUGUGAUGCUGCUGGUGUGUGUGAUGGCCGCUCCAGAUCUUUCACCUCCAUUCCCUCCGGACUCACAGCUGCCAUGAAGAGCCUAGACCUGUCUUUCAACAAGAUCACCUCCAUUGGCCAUGGUGACCUGCGGCCGUGUGUGAACCUCCAGGUUCUGAUAUUGGAGUCGAGCGGAGUCGAUACCAUAGAGGAAGACGCCUUUUAUUCUCUGGGCAGUCUUGAACAUUUGGACUUGUCUGAUAAUCACCUAUCUAGUUUAUCUUCCUCCUGGUUCAGGCCCCUUUCCUCUUUGAAAUACUUAAACUUAAUGGGAAAUCCUUACCGGACACUGGGGGAAACAUCACUCUUUUCCAGUCUCACAAACUUACAGACCCUCAGGGUAGGAAAUGUGGACACCUUCAGUGAGAUAAGGAGAAGAGAUUUUGCUGGGCUGACUUCUCUCAAUGAACUUGAAAUUAAGGCAACAAGUCUCUGGAAUUAUCAGUCCCAAAGUCUAGAGUCGUUUAGAGACAUCUAUCACCUGACGCUUCACUUGAGCAAGUCUGAUUUCCUGCUGGGGAUUUUUGCAGAUAUUCUGAGUUCUGUGAGGUAUUUAGAACUAAGAGAUACUAACUUGACCAGUUUCCGAUUUUCAGAACUUCCCGUAGCUGAAAUCAACUCACCGAUGAAGAAGCUGGCAUUCCGAAAUGCAGAUCUCACUGAUGAAAGCUUUAAUGAACUCCUGAAGCUGUUGCGUUAUAUCUUGGAACUGUUGGAAGUAGAAUUUGAUGACUGUACCCUCAACGGGGUCGGCGACUUCAACCCCUCGGAGUCAGACAUAGUGAGAGAGCUAGGUAAAGUAGAGACGGUAACAAUACGGAGGUUGCACAUCCCCCAGUUCUAUUCAUUUUAUGAUCUGAGUACUGUCUAUUCCCUCCUGGAGAAGGUGAAGCGAAUCACCGUGGAGAACAGUAAGGUCUUCCUGGUCCCCUGCCUCUUCUCGCAGCAUUUAAAAUCAUUAGAAUUCUUAGACCUCAGCGAAAAUCUGAUGGUUGAAGAAUAUUUGAAAUACUCAGCAUGUGAGGGCGGCUGGCCUUCUUUACAAACCUUAGUUUUGAGCCAGAAUCAUUUGAGAUCAAUACAAAAAACGGGAGAGAUUUUGCUGACUCUGAAAAACCUGACAGCCCUUGACAUCAGCAGGAACGGGUUUCAUCCGAUGCCCGACCGUUGUCAGUGGCCAGGAAAGAUGCGCUUCCUGAACUUGUCCAGUACAGGGAUACAGGCGGUAAGAGCAUGCCUUCCUCAGACGCUGGAGGUGUUGGAUGUUAGUAACAACAAUCUUGAGUCAUUUUCUUUGUUUUUGCCUCGACUGCAAGAGCUCUAUAUUUCCAGAAAUAAGCUGAAAAUGCUCCCAGAAGCUUCCUUGUUCCCCGUGUUACUCGUCAUGAGGAUCAGAGAGAACGCAAUAAGUACUUUCUCUAAAGACCAACUUGAUUCUUUUCCCAAACUGGAGACUCUGGAAGCAGGUGACAACCACUUCAUCUGCUCCUGUGAACUCCUGUCCUUCACUACGGAGAGGCCAGCCCUGGCCCAUGUCCUGGUUGACUGGCCAGACAGCUACCUGUGUGACUCUCCGCCUCGCCUGCAUGGCCAGAGGCUUCAGGAUGCCCGGCUCUCUGUCUUGGAGUGUCACCAGGCAGCCCUGGUGUCUGGAAUCUGCUGUGCCCUUCUCCUGUUGAUCCUGCUCAUAGGUGUCUUGUGCCACCAUUUCCAUGGGCUGUGGUACCUCAGAAUGAUGUGGGCGUGGCUCCAGGCCAAGAGGAAGCCCAAGAAAGCUCCCUGCAGGGACGUUUGCUAUGAUGCCUUUGUUUCUUACAGUGAACAGGAUUCCUACUGGGUGGAGAACCUCAUGGUCCAGCAGCUGGAGCACUCUGACCCGCCCUUCAAGCUGUGUCUCCACAAGCGGGACUUUGUUCCGGGCAAAUGGAUCAUUGACAACAUCAUUGAUUCCAUCGAAAAGAGCCACAAAACUGUUUUUGUGCUUUCUGAGAACUUUGUAAGGAGCGAGUGGUGCAAGUACGAACUGGACUUCUCCCACUUCAGGCUCUUUGAUGAGAACAAUGACGCCGCCAUCUUGGUUUUGCUGGAGCCCAUUGAGAAGAAAGCCAUUCCCCAGCGCUUCUGCAAACUGCGCAAGAUAAUGAACACCAAGACCUACCUAGAGUGGCCCUUGGAUGAAGGCCAGCAGGAAGUGUUUUGGGCAAAUCUGAGAACUGCAAUAAAGUCCUAGAUUCUCCACCCAAUUCCUGUCUUGCCUUAACUAAGGUCUUUGUGACAUGAACCCUAACAAAGUUUAUAAGUACUAAAAAUUGUACUAUUGAGGAUUUGGUAAGUAUAACUAGCAACUAUAAGCAUUGUCUUGAAUACUGUUAUAUAAAUAUUUGACAUCA